AUGGCUGAGCGGAAAAAAACAUCAAAGAAAGUUUAUCCGAAAUCUGCUAUAGAUUCUGUGGUGGGAUUUUCGAAAAAAGCAGAAAUUGUGAACGGUGGUGCCCUUAUCUGCGAGGAAGGAUUUCCUAUCUGCGAGGAAGGAUUUCCUCAUCUUUUAUGUCGGGCUUGUGAUAGACGCUUGGAGAACUUUGAGAAGUUUAGAAAAGUUGUUCGUGACGUGCAAAAUGGUUUAACUCGGGAGAAAAGAUGUACUGGUGUGUCACCUUCCGCACCUGUAAGCAGAGCCAAAAGUUUGAGAUCUCAUAAUUUGAAUGCCCCGUCCCGUCAUGGCCUGUCCUUUAGUUCCAGUGGAAUCUCGAGCGAUACUAGUAUGCCGCAGUCAACACCAGAUUCAGCAAGUCAGCCAUCCCAGGUAGGUUGAGAUUGAAAAAUGCACAGUAGUCAAUAUAGUGGUUUAUACUCGAAAAAACAUGAUCUUAGCCAUGAAUAAUUUUUUGAAGGCAUCUUUGAGAAGAUAAAUGUCGAAUUGCGUGGUGUGACACAAAUUUGAUGCUUCAAAGUCGCAGUUUUGACAGGCUAAGCAAUUUUCCGUACAAGGAGAUGGUAGAAGAAGUAAAGACCAUGUGUCCUAUUACAUAUAAACUGUUAACUUGUAUGCUGGAAUUAGAAAAUUGUAGCAAGAAAAAGAUUGCUGCGCUGAGUUUGAUAUACAGGGUGAUUAUGUUCAAGAGGGGCAAGGAACUCUGCUUUAUCCAAAGGAUUAACACCAUUAUUGUGUCAGACAGCGGUGAAAACACCGAGGUACUGUAGGCUGAUUUUUUUUCAGGGCAGCGUUCUUAAUAAAAGCCGCAUUAGAUGUAUAAGAAGCAAUUUUGACUGAAAAUAAUUGCAACUUGCAAAACAAUAGUGAUGAUAUGUCAUUAAAACUGUGCUCAAACUGGCUGUUUAUUUAAUCGGAGAUUUCUAAAUAUUAACCCAUUAAGCAGCAGCGCUCUCCCCUUGAUGAGUAAAAUCGUCUGGCAUUAGACAGAGUAAAAUACUAAAGUAGGGUGCAUCAGGGUGCAAUGCGACUCAAUGGGUUAACUAGACACAUGGGCAGAUAGGCAAGUUAACCCAUUAAGCGCCAGCGCUCUCCCCUUGACGAGUAAAAUCAUCUGGCAUUAGACAGAGUAAAAUACUAAAGUAGGGUGCAUCAGGGUGCAAUGCGACUCAAUGGGUUAAUUGAACAUCUUGCCAGUUACAUUGCCGGAUGUUUAAUAAUGGCCCGUUUAAUGUUUAUUUAAUAUAAAGUCUUAUAAUUUUUUUCAUGACUUUUCUAUCCUGAAAAACAUUGUUAUUGAUACAGAAACAAUCUUGCUACCCAUUCAUUUUGUUUUUGCCUGCCUUUGGGAGGCAAAUUGUGCAUUUGUGCCUUCGCAAGAACGUUGGGCAAACAGGGAAACAAAAUAUUGCGAUUCACAAAUAUAAAUUUCCUACUGUUACCACAACUAUAUUUCCUGUUUCGCCAGGGUAGAAGAAAAAUGUUCUUGUAUUAAUUUAAAACAUGGGUAGGAGUGCUUUAUCAGAUAUAAAAUGCGAGGUGGAAGCCGAACAUUUUAUAUCUGAUAAAGCACGACUACAAGUGCUUUAAGUGGCUUAAAAAACGAUCCAUGUUUAUGAGUUCAUUGGCAAAGUAAUUUUCAAAAUCAAUGUUUUUUAGCCGAGAAAAUCAAAGCUAAAGUAACAUGAAAUUUUUUCACAUAUAACACUAACGACAGGGUUGUAAUUUUCUUUGUUUUUUUUUAUGAAUUAUUGAGUUUUUUAAGUAAGUUUCCCAAUGUAUGUGGAUAUGCUAAUGCUUUUCAUAUUAAACAAAUGCUUUUCCAUGUUUGAUUGUGUUUCAAAAGAAUAACUGUCUGUUUAAAACUUUUAAAUGUAAAUUUUAAUGUUUAAAUACCACAUACAAAUCACAUAAUUGCAAAUUUUUAGACCUAAUAGACUGUUAAUUCAACUUUGUGUUUCUGAUUAAAUAUACAUUGUAUUUUAUUUUUACACUCUUUCCAGGAAUUAAUGUUGUUAUUCUUACAUUACUUUAUUUUCCUAUUCAGGUUUAUGAGAGGUUUAACAAACUUGGUAUAUGCUGUGAAAAGACAAUGAAGUACAAGAUUCAAGAUGAGAUUGGCGCACAUUUCCUGGACAAGGUGGUUGAGCAAGUAAAGGCAGGAAACACCUUUUCAUUUGUCCUGGAUAACAUUGAUUGGGAAGUGAAGGUGCACGAAAUGCGAUCAGAUAAUCAAAACCAAAGUGUACAUGCUGUUGCAACGUCUUUGGUAUUUGAUUGUGUUUCGUCCAGCCAUUUAGAUGACACAGAGCCGCAGCAGUCCUUAGCUGAGACUGAUAUCAAACAGCUUGUCAAACUGAAUGUUAAUGAUGUUGAACAGCAGCGACAAAGUUACAAGAUGAUAGCAGCUAAAAUCCUAUGGGAGCAAAUCCCCAGCAUUCCGCUUUCUUAAGACAGUGGUAAGCAGCAACACCUACCCAUCUUUGAAAUAUGCAGCAGAAUUGAAAGGAAAAUCAACCAUUGUGUCAUUCCCAGUUCUUUUGAAAGAUGAAAAGAAGUAUGCGGACAUUGUUGAUGUCUUGGACCUGCUUGAAACAUGGGUCCAUGAAAUUUAUGCAAAAGCUGGUCAAAUUCCAGAUAUUGAUGGUUCGGUUGAUGAUGAGACUUCUUUGACUGUCGGUCCCACAGAGGGUGUAUCUGAAUCUACCUCCCGACUUAACCAACCAUUAUCCCAUGUCCAUCCUGUAGCUGAUCCAAAUGACCCAUUGGUUAAUGUUCGGGUGCCUUGCAAGAAUUAUUAUGUCAUAAUCAAUAUUAUUUAACUGCUACACUAACAUGUACAUUCUCCUACAGCCCACUUUCAGGGGGCUGUUAUAUUUGACUUGCUGUUUCUCUAGCUGUGUACAGCUGUGUUGUUCCAGUGACAAAUUUCUGAAAAGCCCCUUACCUGUAAUGCCUUAAAUGUUUGAAUUAAAUUCACUGAUUGGACAAGGAAUUGAACCAACCAGUACAAGUCAACAAUAAUACCAUAAUCUCUCUAUUAAAUGAGCCCAGGGGGGGGGACUUUUUUUAGACCAUUUUGAGGGGGCUUAUUAAAGAGAGGGAUGAACCUUUUUGAGAGAGGGGAGUUUUUUUGGUAAAAUUAUAUAAUUUUCUAUCAGCUCAAAGCAAUGUGUGUAAAACAACUAUUUAUUCUAACAAUUUUAACACAACUCUAAACGUUUUUGGAUGUUCAACUGUAUACUUUCCAACUUUUCAACUAUAUAUAAGUUUUAAGAUGUUCAUGACAAUGUAUUAAUUAAGCAUCAUGUUAUUUUUCCAAAAAGAAAAUAAAUUGGUAGAAAUCUUUUCAUGAGGGGAGGGGCUUAAUAAAUUUCUUCACUUAAAAAGGGCUUAUUAAUGGGGGGGGGGCUAGAUGGAGAGGAUACAGUUAAUGUUAACUAAAGUCAUUUCAUAAUUGAUAUAUACUUUUAUCAUUCCGGUUCGUAUUUAAGAAACUGUAUGGGAAAUCAGGGCAAGCAAAAGGUACAUUGAGAUUCUUCCAUAAGAAAUUACAACGUCGGAAUGUCACUAAGGACAUCAAGCACUAUGAGGACUGUGAACAGUUGUUUCUUUGUGUGGGUAGAGCUUACACUGUCACAGCCUUGCUACACCUUUUUGGCAUGGCUGGUAUUGAUGAUCCUCCACAAAACCAUCUCUGUCCAUAUGACGUCAUCCAUGGAGAUGGGGAUAAGCUGGAAUACCUUAACGCAGUCCUUGAUAAGUUUGUGGAUGAGUAUUUACUGGCCAAGACACAAGUUGAUCUUGAUCUUAACAAAGCAUCAGAUCAACAUUUUUCUUUAUAUUAGAAUGCAUUAGACAGGCAGUGGAGUCAGGUAAUGGUGACCAGCUAGCAGCUCUACGUAAGGUGUUACUAAAGCAUUUCAAAAGUGACCCUGGCCACAACACUUAUGCCAUUGAAAUGCUCAUCAGUAUUGUUACGAGCCGGUCCCUACUAUUUUGUCUGGCCGCUCUGGUCCUAUUUACUCGCAACAAAAGAAUGUAAAUCUAACCAUUUUACCUUUUGAUAUAUAUAUUUUAUAGUAGAAAAGCAUUAGUUAUAUUAAUUAAGCUAUAUGACAAUAUGGUUAAUUAGGCUAUAUGUUAAAACUUAUCUGUCCGAGUGAGCAUUGCAACUUGAUAUAGCAACAGUUCAUAUUCAUAAUAAAUCAUAGUGACCAUAGUCCAGAAGAUAUCCAUGUUGUUUUCUUUCUACGUUAAUCAGCGCGUUAAAGCAGCUUCGUCUUCAGCCAUGGAAUACUCUUCCUUAAUCCUUCAUCAUUUCUCUAUUCUUAAUCAUAAUGCUAAUAAUCAUAACGUAAUCAAUCAAGUUCACUGAUGCGUGAAGCUACUUUUAUAGUGUUGGUCAGAGGAUGACUUUGUCAUCUUGACGCAUUUCCCAUACGCAAUGCUGCGGUCGUUGGUGCAAAGUUCUCUAACCACACUCAUGUCCGUUGACGUUAUUUGUGGACAAGGCGUUUACUCUAAUCUUUAGAACUAUUUGCUUACUCAUGCAUGUAAGCUAUAAUAUAAUAAUUAAGUAUGAGCUAUAGUAUAAUAUAAUAAUAUUUAAUAUAUGUAAAAUUACAUGAUAAUAGCCAUCAUGUAACAGUAUUUUGCAAGAUGAAGUCUUCUUAAUGAAGAUACAGGCUCAUCAAACUAGGUGGGCUUCAACUGCCAACUGGACAGGUGGUGCCUUAAAGAAUAUUGAAAUAGAUCUCCUUCAAGAGAACCUGAAUGGGGAGCUGAAGAAAGGCAUCAAAGAUAUGGGAGCUAACAAAAUACCAAGAUCAAUUGAACGGUUUAGCAGAGCAGCUGGAGGAAUUACAGAAAUCAUCAGAAACUUUGAUGAAGCUGUGGCAAUAAAGAAAAAGAAUUCCACCCAUAAGCACAAAUCUUCAGCAAAGGAGCUGAAACCAUUUGAAGAUAUUAAUGACCGAUGUCAUGAAGGUUUCACAGAUGUAUCAUCUGACACACUAGCAACCUUAAACGAAGCUGCAUUUAAUGAACGGUUAGACAGACACAAGAAGAACGUUGUGAAGCAUGGACCAGUGGAUGUAUUGUCAGAAGAUGAACUCAGAUCCACAUGAUAAUCAUUGUCAGUGCAUUAUACUGUAGUUAGAUGUGAAUUGAUAAUUUCAUAUCACUAAAAUGAACAAAUUAAAAUUUUUUUUGCUAUCAGCAAGCUACCACUUUAAGAUUUAUGAUCAGAUAUCAAUUCACAACUAAUAGACCUUUCCCCUUAUAACCAAAAUUUUGAUCUAGGCAAGUCUAGACAAAUAUUUCAUCACAGCUUGAAAGAGCAUCACAAAAUUAGUAAUAUUCCAAAGUUUUGUGGCGAAAUGUUGUGUAAAAUGAGGAAAAUAGAGCCUUGCUAAGUUUGCAAUUUUCAGUCAUUUUGCAUUACAAACGGGAAAUUGCAACACCAACACCCGAAGCAGAUGUCAAUUUCCCAUUUGUAAUACAAAAUGACUGAAAAACGGCAAACUUCGCAAGGCUAUAUUAUCCGCAUGUUACAAGAUUUUGCAACAGAACUUUGGAAUAUUGCUAAUUUUGUGAUGCUCUUUCAAGCUGUGAUGAAAUUUUUGUCUAGAUCGAAAUUUUAGUUAUAAGGGGAAAGGUCCAUUGUAAUGGUAUGUAUGGUAGAGAUGUCUAAAGGACUGGGAGGCACCCACCUUUAUUGUAAAGGCCAAUAUUAAGUUGUAAUUUCCUGGCUGCGCCAAACUUUACUAUUUUACAUAUUCUACAUAUUUCACUAUUUUACAUUUCUAUAUAUCUCACACCAGACAAUUUUAGUCUACAAAGGGGUGUGCACACAAGGGAUACAUUGGGUGCACACUUUCAUUUCAUGCCAGGGAUGCACUGUAAUACUGUGCAUAGGAAUACAUUGGAUAAACACUAUAGUUUUAUACCAGGGCUGCACUGUAAUCAGUGGCGUAGCUAGCGGUCUUGCUUGUCCUGCCCAGCAGGACUAAAAAUUUCCCCAAAUUUCCUUACUAUAAAAACAUUACUUUAUUUAUCUUGAAGCCUUAAAAAUAAUUAUUAUCAUACUGUUAAUCUCUUUUUCGUUAUUAUUUUUUAAAAGUUUUCCGUAUUCUAUUACAUUUACGCAAUUUUACAGCUUGCCGUGUCUGUUGCCUAGCGACUGCAACUCUAUAAAAGCUCAUUUCCGGGCAAUAUAUUGAUUUACACGCGCUCGUGUUUCGGUCCUGCCAUUUUCAAAUGGCAGGACUUGCUAGUAUAUUUCAUAGUAAAUUCAUACAAGAAAUCUUGGUUUCUGAUUGGAUAAUUAGAUCUGCGCAUGCUCAAACCGGCUGUUUACAAAUGCGAAGUCCUGCUCUCUCGAAAUGGCAGGACUUGGCCUUGUAUUGUUAGCCAGUUCAUCUGCUUUAUGCAUUGCAUGAAACAUAAGCGCUUAUAUGGAGUUUAAAAAAUGACAUAGCUACCAAUUUAUAUUUACAAAGUUUAUGUUAUUUAUGUAGAUAUUUGGCCGCAUUUUAAUACACUAUAUUUACUUUAAACGCUACGGCAAUUUUCUGAAUUAUACUAUCAGAGUACCAAGCAUAGUGGUCCGUAGUUGAUUCCACUCCAUUUAAUAUGGUUUAUUAAACAUUACUAACAAACGUAGUAAUUUUUUAACGAAUGCUAGCCGUAUAUGUAGUCAUUGUAUAUUCAACAGGCACUACAACAAUUGUUCGGUUAUGCAAUUGUACGUUGACCAAGUGAAAGAUCAUAUUACAGACGUGUAUUGAAAACAUGAUAUUUUCCUCUUACAUGACUUGACUAUAUUUAGCUAAAUUUUUAAUUAAGUUGAAAAAUAUAUAGUGAAAUAUGAUAAAUAUGGAAAUACGAUUUCAAAAAGUGACAAAUUUUUUUUCUAAAAAAGUAUCUAAUUUUUUGGUGCUCCCUUUGGAGUAUUUGGCCGUGAAAUCACAGGAAACGGCCAUUCCAGACUUCUACAAUUGAAAUUUUCAUGCUCCACCCAUACCCCCCUAGAAUGUGGGAGUUUUAGAGCAGGACCUGUCGAAUUUCGCUAGCUACGCCACUGACUGUAAUACAUAUAGAAAUUAUAUUUGGUACACACUGUAAUUUUACACAGGGACUACACUUUAAUACACAGAAUUACACUGGAUAAAGACCAUCAUGGAGCUGCUCCAUUUACUGUUUGGAGUACUUCAACUUCAAAGUAGGGGCAGCUAGAACAGAACAAGUUUGCCACGUGAUUUAUGACGUGGAAAAUGGUGGCGUCUGUUCUCACUUACUUUCAGUGCUCGUUUUGCAGAUUGUUAUUUAAAGAUUUUGCUGCGGUAUCGACUCAUGCCUGCUCAAAAAUACAAACAAAACCACAAGGAUCAACUCAAGAAAGCACAAAUCAAAUACCGAACUGUUCAAGCGUAAAUAACGCAAGGAAAGAGCAGCAUCAAACUCGAAACACAACCAGUCAACUGCCGAAUAUUAAUAAUACAUUUGCUACUAGUGCAGGAAACUAUCGAAGCACAAGUCAUCUGUUGGUAAACAACGACACCUUGAGUGAAGAUCAAAGCCCACAACUAAUCCGGUCGACAAAUUUGUUGCCGAACAGCACAGCAACAGGUAAAAUUAAGUCUCAAAUAGGUUAACUUCUGAGGUAAACAAUCAAACAAUCAGAUAUUCAGAUUAAACAACAACUAAGCCAAAAUAGUGGAGAGAAUGAAAGUCAAGAACAAACGAUACAACCCUGUAAGUAUAUUUGUAUGUUUGAAUGUGUUUUUAAGUAUAAAACCUUGGGUAUUUGUAACAUUUAGUGUAGAAAUAAUUUUAAAUGUUAUUUCAUUCUAGCUGAUCAGAGUGGCAAUACCCAGUGGGGACGCCCCAACACAUUAUUACUUAUUGAUCUUUACAAGACUUGGCAACUGAAGAUUAAAAAGAAAAAAAUGCCUGUGGAGUAAAAUAGCAGAGCUUAUGACGUUGCACAAAUAUACCCAUUCAGGUGAACAAUGUGAGGGUCAUUGGAAGACAUUGUUAAGAAGUUUGAAAAAAGUUACAGAUCACAAUGCCAAAUCUGGACAAGAUUUUAAAAGACACCCAUAUGAAGAACAGCUUGAUUUUCUUAUUGAGCAGCCAAAUAUCACACCUUCAUAUAUAGUUGGUAGCAACGUAGAUGGUAACCUGCAAUCAGGUGUUGAGGAAAGUACAAAUGAAGAUAGUGAUAUGGACACUAGUAUAUCAGAGAGGUCAACAUCACCACCAGCCCCAAUCCCUGCUAAAUAG